CAUACAGAGAGACAGAGACACGGAGAAUCUGAGAGAUAAAGAGAGACACAGAGAGAGACAGAGAGGCCCCAGGGCAUCUUGGCUAAGGUUGGGCUCCCCUACUCCGCGGCCUCGGGGAGGGACUGAGGUCUGGAAACAUGGGCGGGGGCGGGCCCGCGGUGAGAAAGGUGGAAGAAUGUCUGCAACUCAGGCGGAGAAUAAACAAACCGCACUCCAGGCGACGGGCAGUGGCUGGAUGCACGUUUUUCCUGCACCGACCUGGCAGAGCCUGAGACCAGGCCUCUGCAUCUCCGAUGGGGAAACUGAGGCCCCAGGAGGCCCAGCCCCUCAUCCAGAACACCUCACCUCCUGUCGUAUCUUGUUGCCUCCAGGCCCAAGCCCCAUCCCUUCCCCUACUCCGGGCCUCAGUUUCCUCUCCAGGCAAGGAGGAAUCUGGACUGUGCCUGUGCCUUUGCUGUGUCCCCCACCACCAGGCGUUCCCGUUGCCUGCUCUUUCCCGGAAGCAGAGGACGGUGCUGGUCGUGUGCGGCCCAGAGCAGAACGGGGCAGUGGGGCUGGUCUGUGCCCGGCACCUGCGGGUGUUUGAGUACGAACCCACUAUCUUCUACCCCACACGCUCGCUGGACCUGCUGCAUCGGGACCUGACCACCCAGUGCGAGAAGAUGGACAUCCCCUUCCUGAGCUACCUGCCCGCUGAGGUGCAGCUCAUUAAUGAAGCCUACGGGCUGGUAGUGGACGCCGUGCUGGGCCCCGGCGUGGAGCCGGGCGAGGUCGGGGGCCCCUGCACCCGCGCGCUGGCCACGCUCAAGCUGCUGUCCAUCCCCCUCGUGAGCCUGGACAUCCCCUCAGGCUGGGACGCAGAGACCGGCAGCGAUUCGGAGGACGGGCUGCGGCCUGACGUGCUGGUGUCUCUCGCGGCGCCCAAGCGCUGCGCCGGCCGCUUCUCCGGGCGCCACCACUUCGUGGCCGGCAGGUUCGUGCCCGACGACGUGCGCCGCAAGUUCGCUCUGCGCCUGCCGGGAUACACGGGCACCGACUGCGUCGCGGCACUGUGACCGCCACCCGCGCCCACACCGCUGGGACCCUCGCCAAUAAAGAGCCCUCCCACCACCGCC